ACAUGAGUCCUUGAAACAUACCCAUGAGCCUUUACGAGUCCUCUUUCUAGCCGGCGCCUGAGAAUGGGUAUCUCAAGGGACAACUGGCACAAACGCCGCAAGACCGGUGGGAAACGGAAGCCCGUCCACAAGAAGAGAAAGUACGAGCUUGGACGACCACCAUCAAACACGAAGAUUGGACCUAAACGUAUCCACACAAUAAGGGUCCGUGGUGGCAACAAAAAAUACCGUGCCCUGAGGCUUGACGUAGGAAACUUCUCAUGGGGUUCAGAGUGCUGCACCCGCAAGACCAGAAUAAUUGAUGUUGUCUACAAUGCCUCCAACAAUGAGUUGGUAAGGACCAAGACCCUGGUGAAGAACUGCGUGGUCCUUGUUGACAGCGCACCAUUCAGGCAGUGGUAUGAGGCGCACUAUGCCCUCCCUCUUGGACGCAAAAAGGGAGCAAAAUUGACUCCUGAAGAGGAGGACAUUCUGAACAAGAAGAGGUCAAAGAAAGUUCAGAAGAAGUUUGAUGAGCGCCGAAAGAACAGCAAGAUCAGCACACUCUUGGAUGAGCAGUUCCAACAGGGCAAGCUGCUUGCCUGCAUUGCCUCCAGACCUGGACAGUGUGGCAGAGCAGAUGGCUACGUUCUGGAGGGUAAAGAACUAGAGUUCUACCUGAGGAAGAUCAAGGCCAAGAAAGGCAAAUAAAUAUACAGCUGUUUACCAUCAGUAAAAGGAAAAUGCCCCCACAUUUGUUUGUACUUGUCUUCAUUUUAUGGAGCUUUAAUGUGCUAGUGCCAGUUUGUCAGGAGUCUGUCCUAGCAUAACUACACCCUAGGUUCUUUACUAGAGUUGUAUUUGGACUUGUUCAUGCUAGAGACACUUCAUUGACACAUUUGCCAAACACAAGUGUUACAUUCUGCUAUCUGCCCAUGUUUUAUUUAAUUGAGACUUAAUGUUUAUGGAGGACUGAGAAAGUUGAGCAGACAUUCUUAGUACUGCUGUAACUGGUUAUAACCUCCUAAAUAAAAUAAAAAAAACGUGCUGAAA